GGUUAGGAGAGCUAUUGAUCCUUGUCAGAGAAAGAUCGCAGUUCUUUUCCCUCAUGUUUGUAACUAUUGAAUGCGUGUCGUUCGUCACCAUGUUUCUGCAGGGAUUCUGUUUUGGUAAAUCAGGAGAGGUUCUCACCUUGAAACUGAGACUCGGCGCCUUUAAGGCAAUGUUGAGACAGGAUCUUGGUUGGUUUGACGAUUCCAAAAACAGUGUGGGAGCACUCACCACAAGACUUGCCACAGAUGCAGCACAAGUACAAGGGGCAACUGGAGCUCGUUUGGCAACAGUGGCCCAGAACUUUGCUAACCUCGGGACUGGCAUUAUUUUAGCCUUUAUCUACGGCUGGGAGCUGACUUUGCUGGUCUUGGCCGUUGUGCCAAUAAUAGCGGUGGCCGGAGCUGUGGGAAUGCAGAUGCUCACUGGACACGCAGCUGAAGACAAAAAGGAGCUGGAGAAAGCCGGAAAGAUUGCCACAGAGGCCAUAGAGAACAUUCGCACUGUUGCAUCUCUCACCAGAGAAGCCAAAUUUGAGUCUUUGUACCAGGAAAACCUCAAAGUACCAUACAAGAACUCCCAGAAAAAGGCCCAUACGCAUGGUUUUACGUUCUCAUUCUCCCAGUCCAUGAUCUACUUUGCCUAUGCAGGUUGUUUCCGCUUUGGUGCCUGGCUCAUAGUCCAAGGAAGGAUGGAUGUUGAGGGGGUUUUCCUUGUGAUUUCAGCCGUUUUGUUCGGCGCCAUGGCCGUUGGGGAAGCCAACUCCUUCGCACCGAACUACGCCAAGGCCAAAAUGUCUGCUGCCCACCUGAUGAUGCUGAUAAACAAAGUGCCCGACAUCGACAAUCUGUCAAACGAAGGGGAGACCCCGGAUAAAUUUAACGGCAACGUGAUCUUUAAGGAUGUGAGGUUUAACUACCCCUCACGCCCCGAUGUUCCCAUCCUUAAAGGGCUCAAUCUGAAGGUGAAAAAGGGAGAAACUUUGGCUCUGGUUGGCAGCAGCGGGUGUGGAAAGAGCACCACCAUCCAGCUGCUGGAGCGUUUCUAUGACACUAAGGAGGGGAAAGUGGUCUUGGAUGAUGUGGAUAUCAAACAACUAAACAUCCACUGGCUGAGAUCUCAGAUUGGGAUUGUUUCCCAGGAGCCCGUGCUGUUCGACUGCACUCUGGCUGAGAACAUCGCGUAUGGCGACAACAGCCGCACAGUAACCAUGGAGGAAAUUGAGGCUGCUGCCAAAGCCGCCAACAUUCACAAAUUUAUAGAGGAACUGCCACAGAGGUACAACACUCAGGCAGGUGAUAAGGGGACUCAGCUGUCUGGUGGUCAGAAGCAGCGAAUAGCCAUAGCCCGAGCUAUUCUUCGCAACCCCCAAGUUCUGCUGCUGGAUGAAGCCACCUCUGCACUGGACACUGAGAGCGAGAAGGUUGUACAGGACGCUCUGGACCAGGCCAGUAAAGGCAGGACAUGCAUCAUCGUGGCCCACCGUCUGUCCACCAUCCGCAAUGCAGACCGCAUAGCUGUAUUCCAGGGGGGAGUGGUGGUGGAGCAAGGGACGCAUCAGCAGCUGCUGGCAAAGAAGGGAGUCUACCACAUGCUGGUCACCACACAGCUCGGCCAUGGGACGAAUUGAGAACCCAUUUCUGGCCUCUGAGGGUCGGGCUGAGCACUUGUGCCUUUUCUGAGCUUCACAUUUGUGCAGUUAUAUUCAUCCUGAGCAGCUUCGUCAGAUCAGCUAGGGGCUGAAUACACGGACACUUCCUCCUGUGAGUUUAUAAUCUGUUUAACAACUCUGCUGCUGUUGAUUAGGAGUGUUGGCUGCGUUUGAACUUGUGGGGCACACUGAAAUGCGUCCUCUAGAACUUUAAUUAUUCUGGACUCUAAAUACAUUUCAAACCAAUGAGAACUACUUUUAUUUACCCUGAGAAAAGCUUACAGAUGGAUAUCAUGCAUCACGACAUUUAAAAUCUCCACAUUGACCUUGGAAGAGGUGAUCAAUCUUAUUAAAUUAUGGGGGAAAUUUGUCAUUGAUGUCUGGAAAAAAGCAGAAACCAGUUUAUUUUUUUGGGAUGAAGCAAAUGGAAGCAUGCUUAAUUUGAAAUGCUUUUUGUUAGGUGCAUUAAAUAUGUGAUUCAUGCACUUUAUUAAUGCUAGAAGUGCAAUACUGUCCCACCAAGUAUGACUUUUAUUACUGGAACCGUCGCUGCAUAUUAGGACAAAUGUUUGGGUAUUGGAAGCGUUAUGAUAGCUGUGGAUGAUUAGACCAAAAUGCAGGUAGAACCAAAGUGCCUGAUCAGCUUAACCAAGAAUACUGUCAACAAAGAAAAAAAAAAAAAAAGUUGAAAUUAAUGCUAAUGUACAUGAAUGCUCUAAUCCUGUUUAUUAAUUAAUAACUUAUCUUUUGUAGAAAGUUCUGAUAUGUAUCUAUUAAAGUUUUGUAUUCAAAAGCAAAA